GAAACACUCGUUCAGUCUCUCUCACGCUCGGCUCUGUGUCGCUCUCAUCUUUCGCUCAAUGGCAGGCUCUCAAGUUCCAUUUUUCCUCUUCCAAAUUCAAGUGCACACGUCACGAGAGAAAAAGAUCCAUCGCCCUAAUUUCGAUUGAACCCGGCGUCGUCUAGAUACGACUUCAAGUCCCAACGAACAGUGAGUAAGUGGACCAUGUGAUGCAUUAGCUUCACCGAAUCUCUCGGCGGGAGCUGAAGAAGGGCUUGAAGGGAUGGAGGUGCUACAAGUGGUGGGAACGGGAACGGGGCCGACAUCCCCCGAGCAGAUCCUCCAGAAGAGGCCCCAGCUGGCCCGUAGCGACAGUGCCGCCAGCUCCAUCAUGCUUCACGACUCAGGCGUCCACUCCGAGAUGAACAGCAGCAGUGGUGCCCGACUCGAAGAAGAUGUGCUAGUGGAACCGGUAGGUCGACCGGCUAGGCGACUCCCACGUCCGGUGGCACCCGUGAAUGCUCCACUGAUGCCGAGAAAUGAGGAACGGAAGAAGGCGAGCACGAUAAGACAGCAUUACUACCCGGAGGGUGGUUGGGGUUGGGUGGUCCUCGUCUGCUCCACCGCCUGCGUCAUCAUGGCCCUAGGGCUCCAGUUGGCUUUUGGGCAAUGGCUUCUCGAGAUCCGACGCUUCUUCCCACACGCCUCUGUUCUACAAAUCGGUUGCUUGGGUGCCGUGAAUAUGUCGGUGAGUCACUUGUUGUCGCCUGUGAUAGUCGGAGUGUGUCGUCGCAAGUCAACUCGAUUGACGGCUGUUUUGGGAGGAUUGAUUUCCUCCCUGGGAUGCCUCUUCACGUCCUUCGCCACGGAAUUCCAUCAGAUCUUCUUUUCUUAUGGGUUCGUCUUAGGGCUUGGAGUGGGAUUGACUCGGGACACGUCCACGUUGAUGGUGGGACAGUACUUCAAGCGGAGACGGGAGCUGGUAGAGACGUUCCUCGUCUCCGGCUCCGGAAUUGGCCUCGCCGUCAUGUCCGUCUUUCUCAAAUUCACCAUCGCCUCUUCGGGAUGGAGGCUGGGCCUGCAGGCGGUAACGGGGGCGGUGGUAGUGACGUCGAUCCUUGGCACGUGCUACCGGUCGGCGACGUUGUACCAUCCCCAGAGGAGGGCCAUCUUACACCUGAAGACCCAGAAGCGGAAAGUGAAAGGGGUUGGAGAGAAGGGAAAUCGAGGGGGAGAUUCAGACAAGCCUCCUAUCUUGGACUUUCAACCUCUCAAGAGUCGAACCCUCCAGAUCCUCCUCUUCUCCACCGCACUCUCCGCUCUCGGCAUCCACACUCCUUUCCUCUUCCUCGCGUCGUUGCUGGUGUGUGGGCUAUCCCAGCUAUCUCUGGUGUCGAUCGAGGGUUAUCACGGACACGUCCUCUUCGUCUGGAUCUACGGGGUCUUCUGCGGGGGAUAUCAUUAUUCUCUGAAGAUGUACACCUUCGAAAGGGUUCGAGCGAGAAAUUUUCCAAGGGCUUGGGCCAUUCUUCACUCCUCCCACGCCAUCCCCAUUGCCAUCGCCAUCCCCGUCUCCGGGUACAUGAACGAGGUGUUGGGGCGGAAGACGGGGUAUUACCUGGGUGCAGGCAGCAUCCUCGCAUCCAGCCUUGCUCUCUUCCUCAUUCCUCUGAGAGAGAAACGACGACGAGUGAGGAAAGAAAAAUCGAGUGGAGGGGGAGAUCACUCAUGCGUCACAGAAUCCACGACUCGGACCGAUUCUUUCAUCUUCCAUCAGCAACAGGGACGGGAUUCCUCGGACGCAGGAGGGGACUUUCUGAUGGACGAAGCCCCAAACAGCAAUCCCCUCGUCAUCCUUCAGCAAUUGCAGCAGUUUAAGCAAGUGAACCCUGAGCAGCUGUCAGCUUUGAUUCAGGAGAUGAGCGACGUGGAUCCCCUCCACGCGGAUAAGGGGGAAUUGACGUGCAUCUCGGAAGAGGGGAUCGCAGAUAUGGAUUUUCCUGAUCAUCUACUGGAUUUGGAUGAUCCCGAGCUCGCCUGCAUCACAUCGUGCAAUCAGAUGGAGCACUACCUCCUCAUGUCGGAAUUCGAGACCAAUCUGUAUAAAGGGACGUUUGACGCGGAUGCGGAUUUGGACUCUGAUGAGGCAGAUGAGCCCCACGUUGCCCCGCGGCCUCAGAAGCGUCGAGUCCGAGCUCCAGUCCGGUUCCAGCGAGCGGCACCGCGGAACCUCCGUGCGACCCCCCAGUUCUCCGUCGAAAUGAACCCUGUGUUGGAGGAAACCUCUUAA